AUGGAAACUAUAUGUGUGUUUUUCUUGGAUAUGGAAGCAUGGUGUACUAGACGUAUAUGUGGGACAGUUUUUUGGAGGUAUAAUGGUAGUCACACCUGUACCAGAGCCACCAUUUCACAAGAUCAUUCGAAGCUGGAUUCUAUCACAAUUGCGGAAGCGAUAAAGCCAUUGGUUGAGGCUGACCCCUCCUUAAAGGUAAAGUCGGUUAUAGCAGAAGUGCAAUCGAAGUUCAACUACACUGUCAGUUACCGGAAAGCAUGGUUGGCUAAACAAAGGGCGGUAGAAAAAAUAUUUGGAGGUUGGGAGGCAUCGUUUGAAGCGUUGUCUAUAUGGUUCGAGGCCAUGUGUCAUAAGGAUCCAUCAGCUGUUGUCCAUUUUGAGACUAUGCCUGCAUAUCAAGGCGAUGAGUUGGUGGGUGAUAUUCAAGUACUGCAUCGAGUAUUUUGGAGUUAUUACCCCUGUAUUAGGGCAUUCAGACAUUGUAAGCCAAUUGUCCAGGUGGAUGGGACUCACUUGUAUGGAAAGUAUAAGGGUUGUCUACUAGUGGCAGUUUCACAGGAUGGCAACAACAAUAUCGUCCCAAUUGCGUUUGCUAUUGUGGAGGGAGAGACUUCUGAUGCAUGGCACUUCUUCCUUAGUAACCUUCGUCAGCAUGUUGUCACUUGGGAUGGUGUGGGUCUAAUAUCCGACCGACACGAAUCCAUCAAUGCAGCUGUGGAACGCAGUAACGGAGCUUGGUCACCUCCUAGAGCUUUUCAUAUGUUCUGCAUCAGGCAUAUAAAGUCGAAUUUUCUGCGAAAAUUCAAGGCACUGUACCUCCAAAAAUUGGUCGUCAACAUUGGAUAUUCGAGGACGGUGCGGGAGUACGAAGUACGUUACCAGCAAUUACGGGAACGGGGGGAAGCGUAUACAAACUGGUUAAACCGAAUUCCUCGCGAACAGUACGCAUUGGCAUUUGAUGGUGGAUACCGAUGGGGUCACAUGACAACGAAUCUAGUGGAAUGCAUCAAUUCAGUGUUGAAGGGAUAUUCGAGGACGGUGCGGGAGUACGAAGUACGUUACCAGCAAUUACGGGAACGGGGGGAAGCGUAUACAAACUGGUUAAACCGAAUUCCUCGCGAACAGCUAAACGAGCUGUUCACCAGAAGAGCGGAGGCAGAAGCGCGGAUUAAUGCUGGCCAUGUGUUCUCCGAAGUCGUGACCUCGAAGUUGCAUGCAAACCAACUUGCAUCAGGAAACAUUCAGAUGGACCAAGUUCGGCGGGUGUACCGAGCAAGAUUUAGGCUACUAGGUAACCCGACGACAUGGCCUGCGUACAACGGUCCUCGCUUCGUACCGAAUCCGUAUUUGAGACGAGUCUCGAAAGGGCGCCCCAGGAUGACGCGCUUCUUGAAUGAGAUGGACAUGCGAAUGUUACGUCGUCCUAGGCGAUGUACGCUAUGUGGAGCUGAGGGACACAGUCGUAGUAGAUGCCGUCAGUCAGCUGGUACAAAUGCCGACGGUGCUCAGUAG